AUGGGGUUCGAAGUGGCUGACUUCCCCAAUGGUCCUCUGGCUGAAUACAGGAGGAAAGCCUCUUUCAACUGGAAGGACAUGCUCCGUUUCAUAGAUGGAGAUGAAAUAACUCAGUUCAAGCAUCAUGUGUUCACGACGCUUCAGAAUGACCCCUUGUUUGCCCGCCAGCCUGGAGAGGAUGUCCCUAUUGAGAAAAAGAGAGAACUGACCUUCCUCAGGGCCAAGCAGCUCUUUCGCUACAACUUCCUGACGUUGGAAGAGGCAAUGGGCAAUCCCUGGAAGGCUGCCAUCCUAGAUGACUGUCUCGGCAUGUAUGACUGGGCCCUGGUGGCCAAGUUCUUCCUCAACAAAGGGAUGUUUGGAGCAACUAUUGCCAGUUCAGGGUCAAGUAGGCACAGCAAAUACGUUGAAAGCACAGAGGACAUGACGGUUAUAAAUGGCCUAAAAGUCCCUUCUUAUCUUCAGAUAUUUGGAUGCUUUGCCCUUACUGAGCUGAGCCAUGGCAGCAACACCAGAGCUAUGAGAACCACAGCCACGUAUGACCCCACCACUCAGGAGUUUGUGAUCAACUCUCCAGAUUUUGAGGCGGCCAAGUUCUGGGUGGGUAACCUGGGUAAGACUGCCACCCACGCGGUGGUGUUCGCUCAGCUCUAUUCCCCUGAGCAGGUCUGCCACGGCCUGCAUUCCUUCGUCGUCCCGGUGAGAGAUCCCAAAACACUGCUGGCUCUGCCUGGGGUGCUGGUUGGAGACAUGGGAAUGAAGCUGGGCCAGAAUGGACUGGAUAAUGGAUUUGCAUUAUUCCACAAUGUGAGAAUCCCACGGGAGAACCUGCUGAAUCGGACGGGGGACAUUACUCCUGAUGGCCGCUACGUGACACCAUUUAAGGAUCCCAAAAAGCGUUUUGGGGCCUCUCUAGGUGCCCUUUCAGGAGGCAGAGUAUACAUCACCAGGAUGGCUCUGAUAAACCUUAAGCUGGCUCUGAUCGUGGCCAUACGCUUCUCUGCCAGCAGAAGACAGUUUGGACCCAAUGACAAAGAAGAGAUUCCAGUCAUUGAGUAUCAGUUACAGCAAUGGCGUCUGAUCCCAUACCUGGCAGCUGCAUAUGCCCUCGAGCACUUCACCAAAUCCAUCUUCAUGAACUUUAUUGAGUUCCAGAUCGGACAGAUGAUGAAGAACAACAGUGACAGACAAGCAGAGAUGGGCCGGGAGAUCCAUGCCAUUGGCUGCUCCAGCAAACCACUGGGCUCUUGGACCGCUCAGAGGGGGAUCCAGGAGUGCAGGGAGGCGUGUGGUGGACACGGAUACUUAGCCAUGAACCGGCUUGGCGAUCUGCGUGAUGACAAUGAUCCAAACUGCACGUAUGAGGGAGACAACAAUGUGUUGCUGCAGCAAACCAGCAACUACCUGCUCAGCUGGCUCCACGCCAAACGCCACGAGGGCGUCCGGAUUGAAUCUCCUCUGCACACCGUGGAUUUUCUGGAUGAUUUCUCGAGUUUGCUGGAAACCAGGUUUACGGCAACAACUCUGGAAGAGUGCAUGUGCUCCGAAGUGCCUCUGUCAGCCUAUAAGUGGCUGGUGUGCUACCUGCUGCAAGAGAGUAAUAAAAGGCUGGAACAAGAGAGGGCCUUGGGCAGGAAUGAUUUUGAGGCCCGGAACAACAGUCAGGUGUAUUACUGCAGGUCCCUGGCGAUCACAUAUAUUGAACACACUUGCCUCCUGAGAUUUCACGAGCUGACCACCAAUGAAGACACGCCGGCCGCUCUGAAACCAGUUCUGCAGAAGCUGUGUGCCUUGUAUGGACUGUGGAGCCUCAGUAACCACAUGGCAACCCUGUACCAGGGUGCUUACUUCAGGGGGAGUACGCCCACAGAGCUGGUCCAGAGGGCCAUCGUCACGCUUUGCUCCCAGGUAGAGAAAUCUUUU